AAAAAGAUCAGGUGUGACAGUGCACAAAUACUCUCGUGUGAAUUGAGUUUUGAAUUCGUUUUUUCUAGGGUUUCUAGCAACUCAAUCAUGGCUAACCAAAGCCAUAUCGAGUCAGCUCCGAUGAAUUCGAACAUUGCCGGUGAUAAUGACGGCAAUGCGGAUGGCCAUGCCGUAAAGGAAACAUCCUCGCAUAAGCGAAAGGCUGAUUUUGACGACAACUCUGUUUCCGACGACGAGGAGGAGAGCGGUGACGAUUCUGAUUGUGAUGAGGUAUCAGAUAAUAAAGGCAGAGAAGAAGAAGAAAUUGCAUAUGACGGGGAAGAGGAUGAUGGUUAUGAAGGCAGCGAACAGCAGGAAAAGGACUAUCAGGAGUAUUUGAAAAUUGUCAAGGACUCUGAAGGUUUUGAAAUCGGAAGGUUUCAGAGGGAAUUAUUUUGGUAUUAAGAACUUAGUCAAUCUAAAUGAUCCUGAAGAUAUUUACACCAAGCAAUGCAUUGAGGCUGUUCAUUCUGUAAUUAAGCAACAGAACGAUGAGAAGGGUGCGAAUUUGGCAUUCGUGGAGCUGACUAGCGCAAAUUGGACAUCAUUUGCUCUUUAUUAUGCAACCUUUAAAGCUAGAAACAAGACUACUAAUGAGGUGAAUACUUAUCAAACAAAGGUCUUUCGCUGUUUAAUUGAUGGCGAGACUGAAAUUGAUUUGUUCAGGCUUAAACCAAUUCGAGAUAGUACAGCUAUCCAAGCUUAAUUGUAGCUGCAAGAUGGCAUAUGAUGCUUAUUGAUGGUGGAGAUCUCCGACAGAUUCUUAUUUCCGGCGUUGUAAAUAGGUAGGUAGUAUGAAAUGUUUUGGCUGGGACCAUAUGUGUGGUUCUCGUAGGAGUUUAUUUGUGAUAUGUGUAGUUCUACAUUUUGGAAUCAUGAACUUAUUAUCUACUGUACACUAAGAAUUUGUCUUUAGAUGAUGAUCAUUGCUCGGCUCUUA